GCGGCGUUUGAAGCUGCGCGCCCUCCCACGCUCCUCUCCCCCUUCUCUCCCCCUUGGGUGCCAGGCCAGCAUCAUGUUGUACGAGAUCCUGGAGAUGGGGCGGCGGAAAAAGGGGCCGCCGCGCUUCAUCCCAGAUUCCUACAGAGUACUUAACCUCGAGUUCCCAGAAAGGUAUAAGGUGCUAGCUAAAACCGAAGAGGAACAUAUGCCAAAGGAACAUCAAUAUAAGCUGGAAUGCCGUAAUAACCCUCAGCCGAUACACGCAAAAUGCAUCAAGCUCAACACCAAGUUUUUAAAUAAGCCAAUAUUGUAUAUGGACACAGACAGCACAAAAGCAAAUCAGGGUCAUUGGUGGCCGAGCAGCGAACCUUUUGUCGUGCCAUGCCCUAAACCACCUUAUGACAAGCAGAGCACUCAAAGAAGUCAUUUCCAGAAGCCAGCCUGUAGAUUGAUUCGGCCCGUUAAGUUCGACAAUACGCGGCAACCUUCGCGUGGAAUAGUUCCACUCGCAGCUCCUCCGUUGCCGGGCAGCCUUCCGAGAAUUUUCCAAGAGCAGAUCACUUUCAAAUACGACUACAAUGCCAGAGCCACGCCCUGCAUCCCCUAUCAAGGGAAGAAGCGCGGCGCUUUUGUGUGGACGAAGAUAAAACCGGAGAAGGGGGAGUCGGUUCCUGAGGGGACCAGAGCCCAGCUGGGCGCCGGGGGACCGGAGCAGCUAGAACAGCCAAAAGCAGAGAAAGGGGACUCGGCGGAAAGCUGCAUGACCUCAGCCGGCCUCCGCUUGCCAGUCCCCCCAGAGAUGCCCCCAGACUCCAACCUACGCUUAUCAAAAGCAGAUAGCUGCACAGGAGCCAAAACAGAUCCCAAAGCCCCGGAGAAAGGACAGGAGGGGGGUUCAGGGAUUUCUCAGGCAGGGGAGGUGGAUGUGGGCCAUCCCUCCGGGGAGAAAAGGCCUCUCAGCCCACCAGAGGCCGGCUGCCUUGAGAAACAGCAGGAGGACUAG